AUGCUAGUAAAGACGUAUACCUUGGCAAUCCUUGUUGCAGCCAUGAUGGCGACAUCACAAGCAGCGACAAAUCCCCACGCUGACAACGUUAUGUCAGGCGAGAUGAUGAAUAGUGGCUCCAUGAGCCCAGAAUUUGCAUCAGAAAAGGAUAUUUCAGACAUGACAUUCAUAUCAACAUCUGGAGAGAACAUGAAGAAUAUGGCCAAUUCAAAGGUUGCUGCUCAUAUGAAGCCUCUCGCUUCAGAAGCUGAUGCAUCGGAAUUUCUAGACACCACCACUAUAGAAAGUUUGGAUUUUGCUACACCUGUCGCUUCCGGCAAUAACAAGCACAAAAAUUAUGCUGCCACCAGCGCACGAGUGAAUAAAGCCACCGGUGCCCAACUCCAUGCUGCUAUGGCUUCUGCAUCGCUUACUCCAGAGCAGAAGAAUAAACUAAAGAAAGGCAUUGAGAUCAUCCAAAGUGUUCAAGAAUCCGCCACUAUCAAUUCUGAUUCAUUGCCAAGUGCAGUGUUACCUCCUGUCCCUUUGAUGACAGCUUGUGGCACUCAAGGUCAAAUCGCAGUUACAUACAGCGAAGGACCCAGCGAUGCUACUGCUAGAAUUGUGAAGCAACUAAAUGCGGCGAACGCAAAAGUAACCUUCUUCGUUAAUGCAACAUGGUUGUAUUCACAACAAUAUGCCAUGGUGGUCCAAAACACGUACAAUGCCGGUCAUUUUAUUGGAAUGACCUACCGUGUCAAGAAUGACGAUUCCUCAACCCUUUCCGAGGAUGAAAUACGAAAUGAUAUCAUUAAUGAUGCCAGAGUUAUUCAGAGCUUAAUUAACGUCGCACCCAAAUAUGUUCGUCUUCACUACACAAACGUGGAAGAUACGAAGACAGAGAACAUUCUAAAGGAAUUAGGUAUGGUUCUCGUCGGAUAUAACCUUGAUAGUCAGGACUACUCCAAGUCUGCCAAGACUCAAGAUGUGUACAAGACUGCUUUCCAAAAGCAAAAGGAAACAUACGAUGCCAAGGGUUCAUUUAUCUCCAUCCAAUAUGACAUCCCAGACACUAGCUCGUUGGAGUCGUUAUCUUACAUCUUAAACACUAUUAAUGAUGAAGGAUAUACCAUGGUGAGAAUGGAUGGAUGUCUCAACGAUCCCAAGCCAUACAGAAAAGAUGCCGCCAGCAAUGAAUAUGUGUCUGAUAAAUUUACAUUCAACACUACUGGAUAUAAAGAGGGUCAAACUCCAAUGCAGCGAGGUGUCAUUAUUGACGACAAUGGAAGUGAAACCACGACAACCUCUAUCAAAAGCGGCGCCAGCUUGGCAACUCUCUCUGUAGGAGCUGUCGCUGCUCAUUUGGUCCUUUUCUUGAUGGGUGCCUUUAUAUAA